GAAGAAAAGAAGGGAAAGGAACAAAACACAGAUGUACGGUGAACAGUCCUAUCUUCUGCAUUGGCCGCUGUGAGAAUUUGCUGCUUGGUUAUCGUCUGCAGCAACACAAGCAAACGAAAUCGAUUAACUUUUCGAAACCCAUUGCUGAGAUCUGCUUCACACGCUCAAAGAUGGUUCCCUGUGGCGUCUCUCCUUCUCUGAAACCUCCUACCCUUUGUACUCUUUUCAGCUUUAAUGGCCGACCCACCUUCGGUUUCGGCCUCCAAGCUCCAAAUCUUGAAACCCCACUUCGAAUGAAGACGGCUUGUGCUUGUUCUUCCCGCCAUACCCAUAUAUUGAAGUUUAAGGAUGUGGGUCGGCGUCAAAUGCAAUGUGGGUCGCGGAUGUUUACGGAUUUCCGGAUUUCAGCAUCCUCUGGCGAUGGCUCUGGCGAUGGCUUUGGCUCUGGAGGUGGCGAUGGUGGAUUUGGAGGUUCUGGUGGUGAAAAUUCUGGAGGCGGUGAAGGGGAUAGCGGCAAAGGCGGGGUUAACUGGCCCUUCUUGUCUUGGUAUUUGACUGUUCUUGCAAAAUACCCUGUUUUGGUGAAAUCUGUAACAUCUGGGAUUCUGAAUGCUCUGGGAGAUUUAAUUUGCCAGCUUGUUUUUGAAGAAGCGUCGUCAGCAGAUCUGAGAAGAACGUUCCGAUUUUCUCUUUUGGGGCUCGCGUUAGUCGGUCCUGCAUUACAUUUCUGGUACUUGUAUCUUAGUCAAUUGGUGACCUUGCCUGGGGCUUCAGGUGCAUUCUUGAGCCUUCUUCUUGAUCAGUUCAUCUUUACUCCGAUGUUCCUUGGAGUCUUUCUAGCUGGAUUAGUAACUCUAGAAGGGCGGCCAUCUUGUAUUGUUCCUAAGCUUCAACAGGAGUGGUUUUCUUCUGUUGUGGCUAAUUGGAAACUUUGGAUACCUUUCCAGUUUCUCAACUUCAGAUUUGUUCCCCAGCAAUUCCAGGUCCUUGCAGCCAAUGUCAUAGCCUUGGCAUGGAAUGUUAUCCUCUCCUUCAAAGCUCACAGAGAGAUCAUUACACGAUAAUAGGUAAAAGCUUCAGUUUUCAUGGGAUUGUAUGGAUGAAUUUGUAUUACCUUCAAUAAGCAUUUUGGUCAAUCUUUGAUAAUAAUUGACCAUUUCUUGCAGAAUAUGUUCCCAAAAAUAGUUCAAAUAACAGUUAUGUUGAAUCAUUAGUUCUUAUUUGUUUC